AUGGAAGAUUCAGAGCCUAUUGACCUGGAAAUCGAUUACAUUCAUACAGCAAGAAAUCUAAACGACCAUAUUCGACCAGAAUUAUGGCUUUGCACUUUAGAACCUGCAGAAAUUGCCAAAAAAAUUUUGAAACACGUUAGAAUCGAUGUGAAAACAUUUUCAACAGUUUGCAAAAAUGGUCGCGUUACAUUUAGUUCUCCAUAUGUUUAUGAAUGCGUCCAUAAAACUCAAGUUAUUUGCCAAACACCUCAAGAAAUCUUAGAAUUGCUUGACGUUAUUCAUGAAUACCUCGGAUUCAAGACAAUUGAUGCUGUUAAGACUUACAUAGAAAGUACUUUAGAUCAAAAUCUAAAUAAUAAUGCAAUCUUAGAAAAGAAAGCGCUUGUUGAAGAAAACGAACAAUUAAAAUUCCUUCUUGAAGAAAAAUCUAAACUUCUCGCAGAUUGUACAACCAAAAUUGAGUAUCAUAAAGAUUUAGUUGUGAAAUCUGCUGAUUACAUGACCCAACUAGAAAAUUUACGAGAUAUUUCAAAUGAACAGUUAGAAGAACUCAGUAAUAAAAUUACAGCAAAAGACAAAGAGAUAAAAGAACUUAAAGAUCAAAUACAAAAGAAUGAAAAAGAAUUUAAUCAUAAAUAUCAUGAAGCUUUCGGAAUGAAAGAUAAAGAGAUUGAUGAAUUAAAACGUCAAAUAGAAAAGAACAAAACAGAAGCAGAAAAUAGAUAUUCAAAAGCUGUUUGUGAACGAGAAAAUGAAAUCCGUUCAUUAAAUUCGAUUAAUGAACAAUUACAACAAAACAUCAAGACAAAAGAUAAUGAGAUAAAAGAACUCAAAGAAGAGAUACAAAAAGUUAAAACAGAAAUGACUACUAAAUAUAAUAACAUUGUUUCAUCAAAAGAUAAUGAAAUAAAAGAACUUAAAGAACAAUUACAAAAUAAAGAAAAAGAAAUUGAAAAUAAAUUAAAUACAAUUAAUAAUGAAAUUAGAGAAGUUAAAGAUAAGAAUAAUAAACUAGAAACUAGUGUAAGAAUGCAUUUAAGCACAAUAGAACAAAAAGAUGCAUCAAUUAGUCAAUUAAAAUCUUCAAUCAGUUCUAAAGCAACUGAAAUUACUAAUCAACAAUAUAAAAUUCAAAAAAUGACAACUGAAAUCAAUAAAUUAGAAUCAAAUCUGACUGCAAGUAAAGAAUUAGAUGUUAAAAGAGUUAAAGAAAUAGAGAAUAUGAGACAAAAAAUAAUGAAUAAUGAUGUAACAAUAAAUGAACUUAAAAGCACAAUUGCUACUAAAGAAAGGGAAAUAGAGAAUUUGAGAUCAGGCACUGGAAUGAAUAAUGAAGAUAUAGAUUAUCAAGAAGAGCUUGAUAAGCUUCAAACUCUAUUCACUGAUUUAAGAGUUGCAUCUAGAGGAAAGAAUAUAAAAGCUUUGAAUUCUGCAAAAGAUGUUCUAACAAUGAUUGACGAUGCAUAUGAUGCUGAUAAAAAGACAAAGAUGAAGAUAAUAAGUACUAUUAAUUCUCAGAAAUUACCUGAUUUCAUAAAAUUGUUUACAACUAUCGUUGCAGAUAAAUAA